AUGAUAUGGGGUACAAGAAAGUUGAGGCAUUAUUUCCAAUCUUAUAGGGUGCAUGAAAUUUCAAAAAUAAAGCCGCUAAAAUAUUUGUUUGAAGCUCCAUCUCUUAUGGGAAAGCUAGCUAGAUGGGUGGUACUCCUGAUAGAGUUUAACAUUGAGUACGCCACCAAGAAGAUGGUUAAGGGUAGGGCCGUAGUGGAGUUUUUAGCUCAUAACGCGAUUGAAGAAGAUGACCCUUGGGAUUUAAAGUUCCAUGAUGUCAGGGCAUUUGAGAUUCAAAGAUGGAAGAUGUACUCCGAUGGAGCUGUAAAUGCAAGAGGUGCAGGGUUAGGAGUAGUUCUGAUCACGCUAGAAGGAGAAAUGUUGCUAAUGGUUAAGAAAUUAGACUUUAGAGUGACUAAUAACAUGUCGGAGUACGAAGCAUGUUUAUUUGGAUUAGAAGUAGUUGUGGUAGCAGGAGCUAAGGAGUUGAUGGUCUAUGGGGACUCCAUACUGAUAAUCCAACAAGCCCUCAAGGAAUGGAAAGUAAAAGAAAAGAGGUUGAAGUCGUAUGUCAACUAUCUCAGGACUUUAGUUUCUAUGAAGCCUUUAGUGAUUGUAAAAUCAGGUGCGCCUUGUUAUCAAGGGGAUUGGGUAAUGCAACUUAAGAUGGGACCGAGAAAGAAGCCAUGGUUCUAUGAUCUGAAGAGGUUUAUAGAAAAUAGAGAGUAUCUAGAGGAAGCAACUACCAGAGAAAUAUGUGCAUUAUGGAUUCAAGCCAGGAAUUACAUCAGCCAUGAAAGAGUCCUAUAUAAAAGGAUGGCGUCGAGUGUGCAACUCCAAUGUGUGACUAAAAUAGAAGCUCAAGUAGUGAUGGGAGAAAUGCAAAAAGGAUUGUAUAGUGACUUGAGUCACAUACCUCCGACCGAGUUCUACAACUUAACAUUUUCUUGGCCCUUUGCAGCUUGGGGAAUCGACAUCGUUGAAGCCGAGUCAUUUACUACUAUAGGGGCAAUGCAGAUGGCUAGGUUUAUAAAAAGAAAUUUGAUCUACAGGUAUGAGGUCCCACAUUAUAUUGUGACGGAUAAUGCGACCUCAAGCGAAUGGAGCGGUAGAAGCAACCAACAAAAACUUGAAGAAAAUACUCUCGAAGAUGGAUAUCGAACAACUGAGCGAACAUCGACUGGGCAAACAAUAUACUCUAUGGUUUACGAGACUAACUCAGUUUUACCAAUUGAGUUAGAGUUGAAGUCUUUGCGAGUUGUAUUAGAGGCCGAUAUACUGGAGUAUCAAUAG